GUGCGAAAUUAUAUCAGAAGGAUGUUUCAAAUUGAGUAGGAAGAAGUGAAAACAUAAUAUAUAUACACAAAAUGAAAAAUAUAAAACGUGUCUUAUUACUUAUAUGUUUUUUAGUAGCUGGAAAUGAUUCGCUGAAAAUUGAUUUUAAAUCUAACCUUUUGAAUGCAGACGAUGAAGUGAACUCAGGAAAUGGAAAUUUUGACGGAAAAUCCGAUACAAACCGUCAGUUAUCAGAACAAGCGGCUAACAAAGUAGACUUUAAUGUCAACGCAACAAACUCAUUCACAUAUGCAAAUGACACAGAAUCAUUUGGUAAAGAAUUACCACAGAUCGAGAUUGCGAAUAAAUUUAGCAGUGAGAAUUCAGAAAACAUCCAGGCAGAUGUAAAUGUUUCUGUAAUAGCAGAACUAAAUGUGACUCCAGCGUACGAAACAUUUGAAUCAUCAGUCGAAAACUCGAAGCACCAUGUCAACGCAGAGAAGCACCCCCUCAAAAAUAUAGCAGCAAAUGUUAGAAAAAUAGAAUCGGCUUUGACGGGACCUGAAAUUCACUCGGGAGAUUCAGCGGAUCAAAGUGUGACGUUUUUUAAGACGGUUACGGGCCUGAGCCCUGACUCGGCAAGUCUUGGAAUAGAUUACGACGACGGAGAAAACAAUCAAAGCUUUGUGGCCAGCAGCACGAGUGCGCCAGCCACAGGAGAUGAAGGCAAUACAAGCGAACAGAGCCUUGAGGGCGGAGUGCCUUUACUACCGACCGAAACACCUUUAAUUAAAUUAGCGAUGUCAGAAAAUAAUUUCGAUAGAGAAUUCAGUAAUAAUGAGAGUUCACAAGUUCAACAAACUUUUUGGAUCAACGAUUAUACAAAUAUUUCUUCAAGCGAUAGGCAGGCCAGCGGAGCUUCGGAAAAAACAACUAAACACGAAAAUUACCUGCAAGAGUCGAAAAGCAGUUUAGAUGCAGCCAAUGGGGACAGGGAGAGUCGCAUAGGAGGGCUUCAUUUGGGAGCUGAAAGUGAGGUAUAUGCUUCUUCGGUCGCCACUGAGGCCAUUCCAAUUGUAGAGACGACCUCAAGCGAAUACGAGCUUGAAUAUCUCGUAGGCACCCGGGUUUCCGAAAGAGUCAGCACCGAUAGAUUUGAUGAGACUGAAUUAAAUACCCGUAAGCCAACGUUGGAAACACAAGUUGAUGGCUCCAUAGACAUUCAGGAAGAAUUAGCAGACAACGUGCAUGUUGAUAGAGGAGACACACGAGCACCGUCGUUAGCAAUGGAAGUUAUAAACUCGAAUCCAAUACGCAGUAAACCUAUAGAAGGAAGAUCAUUGGCUUUCCACAAAAAAGACGAUGAACGCUCUUUAAAACCAAACGUUGAAGGUUCAACUUUACCCUCCAUCGAGGAUACGACGGUCUUUAUGGUUCAAAAAAUCUCUGGGAAGUCUCCGUUCAAACAUUCGAGCGAACAAAUGCUCCAAACAAGCAACAUUGUCUCGAACAGUUCACAAGUAUUGCCCCUCAAUGAAACCAAAACCUCAAACAUCAAUGCAACUGAAAUUUUCUUCCAGUUACUGAGAGAAAAUCAGCUUCUCAAAACUCUUGUGUACCAUUUACAUGCCAAAGUAUCACGGAACGAAUUGGAAGCGAAACUAAAUUCUUCUGUACCUCAGGAUGCCCUAUUUGGACUUAGCGAUAAAGCUCACUCGGAACAAGAUUUCAAUGCUCAAAUUCGGCAGAGAAAUGAAUCCUUUGAAACAACUACUUACAAAAGCAAACAUUUAACAAAUUUACAUGAAACUUCCACUGAAUCAUUAAAAAGUUACUCUAAGAGUUUGCCCGACCUUGAUUCCCAAAAAGAAGGUGGUCUACUCUCCGACAUGGAGAACUCUACCGUAGAAUCUACGUCUGAAGCACCACAGACCGAGGAUGAGUAUGAAGAUUUCGUCGACGGGGGUGAUUCAUUGUAUAAUUCUACUUCAAUUUAUAAUGCUACAGUAGUUAUCCCUAAGCACGUAGUGUAUAGUGACCCUGAGCCUCUACCUUAUGAUGGAGAUGAAAUUUCAUUCCAAUUAAACGAAAAUCAUGUGCCAGCCAUCCGCAAAUGUUGUUCUGCAACACAGUUUUUCAGUUUAGAAAGUCAAAGUUGCCUGGAUACUUCAGAAGAGACUCAAUUCGAAUACUAUACGCGCGAACUAAUGCUUGGUAACCAGUCAGUAAGCAUUGAACUUAUUUAUGGUCGUCAAAGUGCCUGUCCUUUAACCGGUAAGCCUCCAAAAAUCCAAGUUGGAAUUUCCAAUUACACUCAUUUACUGGACAUGGGCUCCUUGUAUGACGUCUCGCUGGCGACACAUUUUGAUGAAGAAUCCUAUUGUUUAGAAAUGGUCGGACAAGAUGUCCCAACAGCUGUUUUAACUGCAGCUUUUUGCAUUGAAGAGGAGCACGAUACCCCUACUUCUAUGGUCCGCAAAUGCUGCCCUCUGGACCACUAUUUUGAUGCAAGUCAGAGAGUAUGCAUACCCAAUGAAGAAAACAUGCCAGGAGUUCAAGAUUUGGUGCGAGAGUUUUCGGGCUCUUUCACCGAUUCGACGUCAGUAGUGACCGCCAUUUUAACUUGCAAGUCUGGUAUCUCCGAUCUUCUCAGUUCCAGCGAGGCUUAUUUAAAUUCUGUUGACCAGCUUUGUAUAAAAAGCAGUGGUCCUUGUUACCCCAGUAGCCUUUACUGCAUCGAAUACGUUCAAGAACAAGAUGGAUUUCAUACACAACCGAUGGCGGCUUACUGCCCUCUCAGUUCAUUCAAGAAGUGCUGCCCUCCUCACCAAAUACUCGAGAACAAUAUGUGCAAGGAUUCAGAUGACCCUCUCUCACCGUACCUGACACAAUUAAUGGCUACUUUGCACACACAAACUGGAUUCCCUUUUGACACGAGCGACGUGUGCGUUCACCUGCUAUUGAAUUCUCUAAACGUUCGUUGGUGGGUCACAAACUCUGGAUAUCUCUCAAUUGACUCUGGUCGAAAUCAGAUGCUUACAAGGAACUAUUGCAUUGAUGAUUCUGUAGAGAAUGAACAAGUUAUCACGAUUGCUCACGUUUGCACUGAAGAACUAAAGCAAUCUGUGUCUUUGCCGUUAUCCGUUUUUGACCGAGGAACAGUUGGUAAAUGCUGUCCUUUCGAGUCUCACUUGUCACCCAUAGAAAGGGAUUGCAGUCCUGGCAAAAGCGUACAUAUCCUUGAUGAGGAUCCACUACUUGCAGUAGUCAAUAUCACAAAGUUGGGGUAUACCGGCUUCCCUCAUUGCGAAUCCGGCCAGUAUCAUUUGUACAACUUUGACCCAAAUUCAGGAGACCAUGUUGUUUUUAAAUCCGAUUCACAACUCUAUGUCGUGAGCAUGGAUGGCCGAUGUGUCGAAAAAGAAACUGCUUUGGAUAACGUGGAAUUUUGCUUAGAUUACGGCUGGGAUGCCGAGGAGCCCGAACUGGCGUCUGCAGUAGUAUGCGCACCCCCUGAAACUUCCAACAAAUAUCAUUCGGAAAAAUAUAACCUCACGUCAGCUCUGCUGGCAGUCUCCUGUUGUAGCCUCCUCAUAGCCCUGGUCAGCCUCGUCUGCAUGCGCGUGCGAAGAGGACUGGUCACCGUUAAGAAGAUGAACACAUUGGCGGGCAGGAUUCUGAUCUCGUACGUGAGCGCCAACUUCGCGGGAUUCCUCGCGCUUGCGAUCUCAAUGCACGUCGAGGCGAAGGAAGGCGCCUCAGUGUGCAUGGCGCUGUCUGGAAUCGUGCAGUUUUUCUUGCUGGCUGCCUUCUUCUGGAACACCUCCAUCUGUUCAGAGUCACUCUUCCUCACUCUUCGCGUAAGAGUGUCUGAAGGCCGUCGGCUGCUGUACCACAGCUUGUGGGCCUGGGGACUGCCAGCCGUCAUCACCAUCGUCGCCCUAACCCUCGACUCUGUCAGAGACCGCCUGCCUUGCGGCACCAUAACGCUCAGGGUCGGCCACGUCAAGUGCAUCUUCUCAGACUCGGACGCAACGCUGAUCUACUUCUACGGCCCCAUAGCGAUGACCCUUGUGGCCAACACGGUGCUGCUGCUCUCCGCCAAGCAAGCUCGCUUCGCUAAACUCCAGCGACUAGAAAUGGGACCCAGCAAACCCCCCAGCAACAAGGGUUCAGUCGUGACCAGCCCCGAGGGCAAGAGCAUGAAGUCUACCAUCAGCAAGGCUCCUAGCGCUGGACAUAGUGGCCUCCGCACGCACCAGAAUAGAAACUUGUGGUCGGAGUCGGUACGACUGGUGCUGUGGUCAGGCCUGACGUGGGUACUAGAGGUCAUAGGCUUUAUAGUUCCGCGGUAUAUUUCUCUGCAGCAGGAGCGCUGGCAUGACUACCUUUGGUACUUACCAGCUUCCAUAAACUCUCUUAGAGGAUUCGGAAUUUUUUUCAUCCUCGUCAUGACUACAGAAAUGAGGAGCAAAAUACUCAGAGCCAUUGGAACAUUCAAAGGAACAUCUUCAUCAAUUUGGAAAUCAGAAAGAUCCCAACCACCGAGAAAUAAUAACUCAUACCAAGCAAGUGGUGACGGUAUCUCGAUGACCACGCAAUCAUCAAAGUAUCCGGUGCGCAAUGUCAACAAACAAAGAAAUAUGUCCGUUGCAACCACAGUAACCAAUAUUACUCAUUUACAUCCAUCACCUCAUGACUCGGAGGAAACCACAGUCCGACCCAGACUUGUUCACUCAAUAAGUCAGAUGGAAAGAAGGGAGUCGACCACUUCUUCAAAUUUUUCUGCUGGCGAUGAAGAGGUAGAAAAUGAAGAUAUCAGUAGACGGCGUCGGUCUUCCGCUGCACCGAUAUCUCUGCCGAGCGUGGAUGAGGAAGAUGAUGAUUUCAUCGAGACGUCUCUGUCCACUGUAGCGCUACCAAAGGACUCGCCGACAGAUUCUGUUUUUGGUCGAGAUUCCGAAGCAUGAAUGAUAUGAUGGUCGUUUAACAACGAUACUUGUGAUGAGUGUUAUGUAUUAUUUAUAAAUAUUUAUGAAAGUGUGAAUAUAAAGUGUAGAAGUCAGU